ACCCCUACCCCCGAAAGAAAUUAUUUUAUAAAAGAGGAUCCUUCAUCCAUGCUCGCUAAAGCUCCUACAUGGGCCUUCCUCUUCCCUUAUAAAGAAGGAAGAUCAGUCCUUUCAUCUUUUUGAAUUGGCCAAAAAUUUUCAUUCUUUCCCAGAUUGCGCACCUUUUCAAUCUUAAUCCAAGCAUAUGAACACGUUCUCCGGCAUGAAUCAUUCUGUUUCCGGUAGUCAAACCAUGAAUAAUCAAGUGGAAAAGAUCUAUAUCGCCGUCGGUAACGAUUUAAACGAAGGAAUAGGAACAUUGGAAUGGGCAAUUAAAAAAUGGUCUGGACAAACAAUCAGCUUCGUCAUUGUUCAUGUCGAUAAUACUUCCAGAGAUUUCGUUAACACCCCAUUUGGAAAGCUUCCUGCAAGUUCUGUAAAUGAAGAGAAGCUGAAGAUUAUAAGGAUGUUAGAACAGGACAAGAUUGAUAAAACGUUAUUCAAGUUCAAGGCUUUCUGCAACGGCAAGGUGAAAUCGGAAGUUCUAAAAAUCGAGAAAUCAGAGGAACCAAUUCAUAAGGAAAUUGUUGAAUUCAUCUCAACCCAUCAGGUGACCAAACUGGUUUUGGGAAUCACGGUCGUAAAAACGUCAUCUUGGAAAACCAAAACCGCCAUUAGCGCAUCGUUUUACAUUCACAGACACAAACCCAGUUUUUGCGAGCUUUUCAUAAUCUGUGGAGGAAAAUUGGUGUUUCUUAGAGAAGAAAACGAUGAAAAACACAUGGAAGAUGAGAGGGGAGUAAUGGUUGCUAAGAUGAGAGAGACAGGAAGCCUGAUUAGUCGGUUUGGUAAGAUGUUCAUAGACAACUCAACGAAGCAUGAGACACAGGGAGGAGUCUAUCCGCGUGGGUUCUCACCUGCAAGAGAGGUGAUCGACACAGAAAUACCAGUUAGCUCUCGUGAUUGGUGGGAAGAUUAUGCCCCACAGGUUGAUAGCUAUUUCCAAUGGUUAUUGUCAUCUUCGAAACUGGUCGAGGAAGAAGAAGACGAAGAUGAAGAGGAAGAGUACCGUGCCACGCGGUAUGGUCUCUCAGAGGAAGGCAUUGUGGAACACGAUAGUCAUGAUCAAAUCACGGAGUCUUUGAACGGGAUAGAAAUUUUGAAGGCUAAGAUACAAGAAGCUCAAAAGAUCAUAGAAGAGAAAAGAAAAGAAGUCGAGAGCUACGUGGAGGGACAAAUUGGAGCUCAAAAUAUAAUUAGUCUAUGCAAUCGAAGGGUUGAAGAACUCGAAGCUCGUAUAAAGGAAGAGGUCGACAAAAACCAAGUUGAAAAGAACAAACUGGAAGCAGCCAGAGAAAACAUCUACGAAAUCUCAAGCGAUAUAGAACAGAUAAAGAGCAGAUUGAAUUCCCUAAUCGAACUCCAAUCGGAAUUGACGACGAAACUCCAAUCUUCAUCUUUGGCAAAAUCACAUGUCGAAGCUCAAUUGGAGAAUGCAAUAGCAGCAAAGACAGAGAUUGAACGCGAGAUGGACGAGUUGCGUCGUCAACGAGAAUUGCUUCAUCGGAGAAUCGAAUUCUGUAAGAAAAGGGACGCCAUUGCUGCGACCACCAAGAGCUCGUCAUCGGUAUCUGAAUCUGAUGAGCUUAAUUACAGUUAUAGGGAGUUUACGGCAGAGGAUAUCAUAUCGGCUACUGCUAAUUUCUCAGAGCAUAUGAGGUUGAAAAAGAGAUGUGAACAAACAAAUUAUUACAGAGGACGGCUCAAUCAUAUGGGGGUUGCCAUUGAACUGCACGAUUCGCUCACUUCUUUGUCAGAGGAAGAUUUCCGAGCCAAGAUGGAGCUCCUAAGCCAGAUACAUCACCCACAUCUGAUUCAAAUGAUGGGUGCAUGCCCAGAGCUGAGAUGCAUUGUUUCUCAAUACAUGAACAAUGGUUGCUUGCAGAACUUCCUCCUCUCAACUCAGAGAAACCCAAGUAGUUAUAGCAGGAACCAGUCUCUUUAUUGGCACACACGCAUUCGAAUCAUAGCCGAAGCGUGUAUGGGCUUGGGAUUUUUACACUUGUUCGAGCCCAGGCCCAUCUUGCAUGGUGAACUGAAUCUCUCCAACGUCAUCCUCGAUCGCAACAUGGUAGCCAAGCUCACUGUAACCCAAUUAUCUCAAUGCUUCGAUGAGUCAAAGCUGAGAUCAGAAUUAUAUGAUUUUGGAGUUGUGAUGCUGCAAGUUUUGACCAGUAGAGAAGGAGAUGGGCUUGUGGAGGAAGUAAAAAGGGCCAUGGAAGGUGAAGCCUUACAUGGAAUUUUGGAUCCGAUGGCUGGAGAUUGGCCUAUGGAUUUGGCAAUGGAGUUUGCAAGGAUUGCAUUGAGGUGUGUUGAUAUAAAUGGAAGCGUGGAGUUGACGACAUGUAGAGUGAUGGAGGAAAUUGAAGAGUUAAGGAGAAAGGCAGAAGAGCUUAUUGCCAAGGAAGGAUUUGAGAUGGGGGUGGAAGGAAGUGGCCACAGAGAGAAAGACCAAGAGCACGGUGAUGUGCCUUACAUUUUCCUCUGCCCUAUUUUGCAAGAGGUGAUGAAGAAUCCACAUGUGGCGGCAGAUGGGUUCUCAUAUGAGUUAGGAGCCAUAGAAGAAUGGUUAGGGUCAGGGCAUGAUACAUCGCCUAUGACCAACUUAAGGCUUGAACACAAGCUCCUCACUCCUAACCAGACCCUCCGUUCACUCAUACAAGAGUGGCUUAACAAUAGAGCCACUUCUUCCUAAAUCUUUAAUCUUAAUAUUUAUUUACCGUAAUUUUAUUCCUUUAUUUGUUUCAUCACCCGCAUCUGUGCGCAUCCAAUGGUUGGGUAACACUUCGGAUGGGUGUUUAGAUGCUGCCAGCCAUCGUAUGCAUGAUGGAUAGGAUCCCCUCCCUUCCCUUCUUCCUUUUAUGCAUAUAUAUAUAUAUAUAUAUGCUUCGUAAUGCUAGCGACCAACGGAAGUUUGUAUUUAUACAUGUAGGGAAGAUGAAAGAGAAGCUCAUUAGAAUAUAAAGUUUUGGAUUCCUUCACCUUGUAAGCUAAUUUAUAGGGUCAAGUUAUUUUGAGAUUCA